UUGAAGCAAUGGCUGCAGUAGCUGAUCCCUGUAUGCAUUUCCACCGCAUUCAUGGAACCAACGUGAGGCUGGAUGAGUCGGGGACCCAGGCCAGCAGGGUCGAGAGCUUUGCCAAUGGGGUAUGUUUCAGUCGAGACCCUUUGGAACCCGCUACAAUUUUCCUCGUGGAAAUUGAAGAAAAAGAACUAGGAUGGUGUGGGCACAUGAGGAUUGGAUUAACAUCGCUCGAUCCAAGGAAAUUAGAGUUUGUUCCUGAAUACUCUCUCCCUGACCUGGUAAACUUGGGGAACAGUUGGGUUUUUGCCAUAACAAGGAAUCACAAUAAAGUCGCCACUGAUGAGGAGGAUCCAAAUCUUGCUUCAAGCCCAUCCUUUUCUCCUAUGGAAGCCUAUCUGCAAAUUGGAGAAUGUAAGAUCCCAAAGGAUAAGCUAGUGGGUAGAAGUAGACCAGGAAGAUACAGUCAUAUCUUAGAUGAACUAUUUAAAAGUAAUAUACUUCCAGCGACAGCCAGGAGAAGCAGGGUUGGGGUUCUGUACACCAUCAAUAGUGCUGGAGUGGGAGACAUGCACAUUGUCAUCAAUGGAGAGGACAUGGGUCCCUGUGCCAGAGGAAUCCCCACUAACCAGCCGCUUUAUGCAGUCGUGGAUGUGUUUGCUUCUACCAAGAGUGUGAGGAUCAUACAAGUUGAGUAUGGCUUUCCAUCUCUACAGACAUUGUGUCGUCAGGUUAUUCAGAAGCACAUCAUAAACAGACUAGCCAUCGACUGGCUAAAACUACCGGAAUUGUUAAAGGAUUACUGCAAAUAUGAGUGAAUCCAUGCAAGACAAAGCAUGUGUAGAAAAUAUAGUCCACAGUACACCAAGUGGUUCCAUAUGCUUUAAUAUGUAAUCUAAUUGAAGUACAUUGUGCAUUAUGAACUGGAGUUUUUUUGGUAACACUUAGUAACAUCAGAAUAUGAAAUCCAUCCCCUUACAAUAUGAAUUUGAUUUUGAAUUAUAUUUAUUUAGAAGGCAUUCACUCCAUAUAACUGGAAAGCCUGAUUUACUAAUGAAACAAGAAAUGACGUGAUCAAAGCAAAAGACCGUGUGCUGCUGUGUUUUCAUUGUUAUUCAGAAAAAAUAAGGAAAUUCUCUGUGUCCUGUGUAACAUCCCCCAAUAAAAUUGGUCAUUAA